GAACCGGCAGGCAGAUGGGUGUGGAGACAGGUAAGGUAAGCCAUUUGCAUUCCAGGAAGAGAGAUAUCUGACUACAGACAUGGCUAAAUUCCUGUCAGGAACUCAGAUCAACGAGUUCAAGGAAUGUUUCUCCUUGUACGACAAGAAGCGCAAGGGGAAGAUUGAAGCCAAGGACCUGAUCACAGUUAUGCGCUGUCUGGGGACGAGUCCCACCUUCGGUGAGAUCGACCGACACCUGCAGGUCCACAAGAUAGAAAAGAAGGGCGAGCUAGACUUCUCCAACUUCCUGACCAUGAUGCACCGGCAGAUCCAGCAGGAGGACCCCAAGGCGGAGAUCCUGGAGGCCAUGAGGAUGACGGACAAGCAGAAGAAGGGCUACAUCCUGGCCUCGGAGCUCCGGGCCAAGCUCACCAAGCUAGGAGAGAAGCUGACUGCUAAAGAAGUGGACGAGCUGUUCAGAGAAGCCAACGUGAAGUCUAAUGGCAACGUGCACUACGAGGAGUUCACCAGGAUGGUGACACUACCGCCAGUGGAUUACUGAGGGACAGGAGGAGAUGACCUCCUUUAUGACAGGGAAGCAUGGUCAUGGAAGGGACCUGGUUAUGCAUGCACUGAGCAUUACCCAACCACCUGCAUGCACUGAGCAUUACCCAACCACCUGCAUGCACUUCAUUUAUUGAUCAUCUAGGUUUGUGUCUAUUGUACGCUACUUUCUAAUCAUUUAUACAAGUGCAUUUGAUGAAUUAAAUCAAUGUCUUUUUUAAAAUGUUUAAUUGGGGGGUUUUAUUUGACUUGCUGUAGGAAGAGUAUCUGCUGAAUGUGCAAUAUGUAAUGGACAUUAAAAUAAACACAAUCAACUAAAAUAUCCCUUUC